UGCUGACCAUGACGCUUUCCCAACCACCCGGUGGUGCGCACUGUGGUGGAUCUGACCCCCGACGCGUCGCCCGUCAUGGAGCUGGCGGCGGCAUCGGCGUCGCCGCGCGUGGAGAACCUGAUCCAGGGCGAGCGCGGUUUGGUGAACCAGUUCCGUUCCAAGAAGAAACACUAUUUGAUCUGGUCCCUAAUCCUGGCGCUGCUGGCUGCGGUGUCCUUUCUGCUUUCGUCGUGGUCGCAGUUGGGAUGUGAGGAGUCCACCCCACGGAAGACAACUCAUGGUCUCACCUGUGAAUAUCAAUGGAAUUUUGGAGACUUUCAUUGCGAGACCUACUGCUGCAACCCCAGCGGCGCCACCAGAGGAGACGAGUGCCUGGUUUGCUGGGGUGAUGGCUAUUGCAACCUCUUCGGAUGUGCUGUUCCACAGACGAAAUGGGAGUAUAUCUUUGGAGAGGUUUGGGGCGUCAGUGGAUCUGUCUUCACCUACAUCGUGCUCAUGUUGAUCCUGCUCUACGCACGGGCGUGUUGCAAGUCCAACACCCGCGAGCGGAAGGUGCUCACCCGCAUGGCUUGCGCCUUCGUCUUCGGCGUGCUGAUCUUUUUUUCGGGAUAUGUCAUGUACCUCUUCACCGAUUGCCACCAGACAUUUCGUGGCCUGUCGGAUGUCUUUCUAGCUCUUGGAUUUGGGCUGAUGCUUUAUUGCUUCAUCUUUUUGCUUCGGUGGGUCACCUUCAACACCGCCGCUGGUCGUUUGGAUGAGCUGUUGCAGCGCAUCUCCCAAGCUGCUCGGCGAGAUGACGGCGAGGUCCUCGUGGUCGAACUCAGCGAGGAGCGUCUCCGGAGCUUUUGGCAAGCGCAGCUGGACGACGAGACCUUGGUGACAUCGAUCAAUGUAACUCAGACAGCGUGGUCUGGGCGGUGCUUAACCUGGUUCGGCUUGAUCAUUAUUGUGCUGAUGCCCAUUCUGUUCGCUUGGGUCUUUACGGCUCGUGCGCAGUUCUUCUUUGGUAUUGUUUGGUUGCACUUAGUCGUGAUGUUGGGCUAUUCCUAUUCACUGCGCAGUUCCUUCCUUCAGCGCUGGCAACACCGCCGCCACGUCGCCCGGAAGCUGGCCGAUCUGCAAGCGGAGUCCGUGGUGCUCUUCCACAAUGUCCUGGCGGAGGCUGAAGGUGAGGAAGCAAGGCAACAGGACGUGGCCUUCAUGUCAGCAGCCUUCUUCGGCGAUGUCCAGGUCUUCAUGCCCCAUGUCACCAGCGAGGAUCGGCUCAUUUGGACCUUCUUCACUCGGACGAGUCUGGUGGAGACGAGUCCUGGGCUUUGGCAGAUCUGCUUUCACACCUCCUUCCGCCGUUCCACUCAAACGUUGCUGCAGAGCACUGAGACGGCCGUGGCUGCUGGGACUUGGCCGGUCUACGGACGGUACGGACAUGGCCCGGACGUGAGAGGACGUGCCGAAGUACGUCCCCUUGGAGCUGCCCGACGUGCCGAGGGUUCGAAGUUGGCUCGGUCGCCACGAGGUCUUUCACUUCGAAGUGGAGUGAAAGAAAAGAAUAAGAAGAUACCAACAGAAACCCUAGGGCCCUAGGGAUCCAAGUGCCUUCUCACAAGGUACGACUGGACCCUCCUGGCACCUACAUUGCAGUGUCGCCUUCUUCACCGUACCUGAGAAGGUACGACUGAAUCCCUAUGGGAAAGAUAAAAACAAAGCAUGAAUUCAACAAGUUGUUUCCAUUGCUCAGCGGCCCGAGCUGAGACGAGGUAGCUCGCCGCGCUACGGCGAGCUAACGAACGGGUCAGCCGCGGGUGAGUUUCAUUGCUACCUUUGUGGACCUGAUGCUAGGCUACAGGGUGGAGACACGAAAGAGAUAACUAAGCAAAGAAGAAAACAGGGGUGCAAGCCCUCAACAAUGGACUUGCAUACAAAAGGGAUAGUUUGAUAGUUUGUUUCUCGCAACUUUACCUUCAUGGUUGUGUAUUUCCUGCAGGGUCGUUUCCUAAAUUCCAAUAGUACUGCUGUGGAUCUCAUCGAUCUGAGGUCAUGUAAGAGGUGGAGCUCGGAAAUUGACGUCUUUUUCCCCAAACAGUGUUGACACACUUAGGGGUUCUUACGGUAAGUGUUAAGCAGCUGAACAGCAGUUGAGUUCGAGUUUCCGUUGGUGGGCUUCUUCAGAUGUGUGAAAUUCAGCGAAAGCCACUGGCAAGUUGCCAGCUGUAUGUUAGAAGCUGACAGCGCUCCGCGGGUUUGCAACCUUUGCAUGUGUUCAUUGCGGGGAAACAAAGAGGUGGUUCGUAGUUCGUAGCAACGUUCUCUUGAGUCCUCAGGCUCCUGACCCACAUCCGGUCCGGGACAUGAAGGGACAGAGUCCUGGCACCCCCAAUGAACCGACUUGGGAUGUGGGAGCCUGGAGCCAGAGGGUCUACCGAGCAAACCGUAGCUCACCGGAGACGCGUUGGACCGAAACUCUGCAUCCACACUGGACGGUGGGAGACGUUGGGAGCUGGAAAACCGGUUGACCUUUGGCGUCCGACCCUCUAGCACGGUCCGACCUAGAGGGUCGUGGUGCUUUCGUCCGAGCCUCUAUGAGAGGAAAGCACGAGCCUUUAGAGUCGAGGCAGCGGCCUGGUUGCACGGCCAAAGGCUAUAUUGCUUUGAUAUAGACACCCAAAUAGAUAGAAAAGUAGAUGCGC